GAGAGCUGUGAUUGAUCACAGCUUGUCACAUGGUACAAGGCUGUCGUGAAUAGCCUUGUACCAUGUGACCUCUGUGAUCAUUCACAGAUUUCACUAGUAGUAAGCAAUAAUGUCAGGAAGUGACAUCUUGCUUACUACUAUUCAUGUGAUCACUGAUUAGCCAAUCAGUGAUCAUGUGGGACCUCACACAGAGGUCCCGGACAGCGAUCCCAGGGAGCACGCACAGACGAGGCAGCGGGCACCGGGCCAUCAGACGAGGCAGCGGCGGGCACCGAGGCAUCAGGCGAGGCAGCGGGAACCGAGGC